AUGGUCAUCCUGGCAAUUUUCUUGUUGUUUGCAGGACUGGCAGGUUGUGAAGCACAUAAGAUGGACUCGUGGCAAUCCAAUUCUGUUUUGGGAUGUGGGGUGUACUUGUCCAAGAUGCAAUGGAUGUAUGAGAGCUCUUCUAAUUUCUAUUCAUCAAUUUGUGCAUAUGAACCAGCUUUGGGUUCAUGGAGUACGUGUAUACACGAUAUGCUCAAUGAUAGAAUGCCCAACGAGAGGGAUAUAAUAUAUGAGAAAACACUUACGAAUGUGAAGGAUAUAUGCCAGUUGGGAAACAAAAAAUUUGCGGAAGAAUUGACUUUUGAGCGUUACAAUGCUUCAAGAAACAAUGCAUCCAGAUACCUGUGUGGGGACGACGACACAUAUAUGAACAGUCCAUUAACGUGUCCCGUUAAAGUAGACAAGGCAAUGAGAGACCGAAUAGGGAAUGCAUAUCAUUACUACAGCUCAAAUUUCGAUAAUAGCUCGAAGUACGGAUCCAUGACUUAUGUUUAUUUUAUAGUGGUCGUUUUGAUCUCCUGUGCAUUCAAAGUCUGCAAAACAAGUGCGCUGUCGCGAUCGAUACUUAAAUAUAGGUUUAUAAACCUAGUACGAGGGUACCUAGUACUGCCGACUUUGUUUGGUAAGCAUGCGUCGCAUUUAGAAACUAAUUGGUUGUGUACCGGCCUAAUACCGACUACGUUCGAGAGUCUGAUGAUCCUUGGAUAUACCUUGAUCAGUGCCACAACUUUAGCUGUGAAGUAUCAGUUAGAUCCCUUCAAUUUUCUAUUCCCCUCAAAAUGGUUGCAGUUUAUAAGGCUUCUAGCUGACAGAUCGGGCAUUAUCGCCAUUAUACAGGUUCCAUUAAUUAUACUAUUCAGUACAAGAAAUAACAUUGUCGAAUGUUUGACUGGCUUCAAAUAUACAACUAUGAUAAUGCUCCACAAGUGGAUUGGAAGAGUCAUGAUUUUAGAGGCAUGCAUACAUUCAAUCGCCUAUGCCCUAUAUGCGACACUUUUACACUCCUAUAAGGCAUCAGCUGAUGAAGCAUACUGGAAAUUUGGUGUUAUUGCCAUGACUUCGUGUGUAGGCUUGCUGGUGCUAUCAAUGGGAAUAAUCCGGAAAUGCACAUAUGAGACAUUUUUGUACAUUCACAUUUUACUGGUCAUUGUAUUUUUCUACACUUACUUCAAGCAUGUCGAAUCAUUCGGUUUUGGCUCAACUAUAUACUUCCCGUUGAGCUUAUGGGUCAUCGAAAGGAUUCUACGUGUGGUACGCAUUUUGAGGUUUGGCUACUUGAAGGCAAGAAUACAGUUGAUUGACGAUGACUUACUUAGAAUAACCAUUCAACUUCCUUCCUGUCAAAAACAAAAGGCGUUCGAACCAGGUCAGUACAUUUUCCUAUAUUUUAUGCAGCCUUCGAUAUUCUGGCAGUCCCAUCCCUUCACUGUCAUCCAUUCCAACAACGAACUGACGCUUGUUGUAAAACCUAAAAAGGGUGCAACAAACACUAUGCUAAAAAAAGUGAGGCAAGUAAACGGCUUCUUGGAAAUAAACGUCCUCGUCGAAGGCCCGUACGGCUCACGUUCAGCAAUCAACAAAUCUGAUAGAUUACUGUUCUUAGCCGGAGGAACAGGAAUACCUGGUCCACUGUCGCAUGCCAUCGAGCUAGGAAAAAGGCAAAGCAAGAGAACAAUUGAUCUCGUGAUCACAGUGAGGGAACUUGAUAUUCUAAAAGCGUAUCGGAGCGAGCUCCUGCUACUCGAACACUUGCCUGUACAUCUUGUAAUUCAUCUGACGAACUCCAUUACCACCACCACCUACAGCAGCACAGAGGAAACAGAAAUCAUCACCAAACUUAAAUCAUUUGCAACCAUCCGAAACGGUCGUCCAGAUGUUGAGAAAUUAAUCAACGAAUCAUUGAAUAACGGCCCGCUAGCUAUAGUGUGCUGCGGGCCUGCUUCGUUUGUAGAUCAAACGAGAGAUUUCGUUGCAAAGGUUACAGUUGAGAAUCCAAGCGCACCUGUUGAAUACUUGGAAGAAUAUCAAUGCUGGUAA